AGACAAUCCUCCAAAAUGGCACUGGUGAUGCUACCAUGUGAUUUGCCCUGGUGGCCUCAGGUGCAGAGACAGCUCACACAAUUGGCCCUGUCGCGUUCUAGCCGUGAACUCAUUGAAACAAUGGAAAAGAUUCACAGCAUGUGCAACAUCAGUCUGGACCCUGAUGAAGAAGCUCCAGAUCCUGCACUCUUUCAAGCUCUUGAGCGCUUCCUAGAAGAAGAUCUGACUCCCGAGGAGAGAAGACACUUCCUUGAGAAGACAUCACCAGCAAUGGUUAUGUCCAGUAAGGACUGGCUCACAAUUGAAGAUUGGCUGGAGUGUGGCCUUCCUCUUGUACCUCUUCUUGUCAGGCAUGAAGGACGGUUGGAUCGAGCUGAACCAGACUCUCUACAUGUCUGCUUUAGCUCAAGUCGAGUUGGAGGUGAUGUUCUUUCAGAUGGAUUUACUCAGGAAUGCCUACAAUUCUGUACCCAACCAGAACUUCUAACUAUGUUGUCAUGUGUAGAAGCUCUUGAAGACAAUGAAGUACUUGCCAUAGAUGGGGUGAUGCAAGUGGCUAGAAUAUCAGGGCCUCGGCAUCGAGCAUCUAUGGACCCUCUUGCCAAGCCUCCUCUUUUGAGUGUGUGCUGCAUGGAUGCAGAAAUUUAUACUACGUUACCUAUUAGCCAGUUGGAAGAAGAUAAUGUGUUGAGGGAGCUCAACAAAGCUCUCCUGGGCUUUCGACAGAAGUGCAAUCCCAGUACUCCAACACUUGACUUGUCACCAAACGCCCCACCGACUUCCACUGCCUCUAGCAACACCACCACCAGUGGUACAUCAACUCUAGGCCAGCAGCAGAGCAAGCGACUCAGCCCGAUAGGAGAGUCUUUCAGUUCGACUCCACCUGAGAAGCCGCCGGCGCCGGUCGCGGCCGUGGCCGUGGGCGUGCCCACGCUAGGGCCCGGCGGGCGGCGCGGCCGCUUCAUCGUGUUGGGCUCCUCGGGCGAGUGCCUGCCCGUCAGCCGCGCAGCCUGCUCGCUCUACUCCAGCUGCCAGUCCGAAUCCGACGAGGAGUUCCACAGCGCGCGCACCAGCCUCGAGCAUGACGACAGCGGGUGCGGCGCGGCGGGUCCCGCGGCUUCAUGCUGCAGGAGGACUCGACGGAUGCGCACCUGGAGCGCGAGAGGCGGCGCGCGCAGCGCCGGUCGGGCGCGCGCGGCACCCGCGGCGCCUCCUCCUGCUACAGCUUCAGCACCGAGUGCAGCUCAGCGCACGCUCAGCGACUCGUUCGCCGGCGCGGCUGUUGCCGAGGGCGCGGCGGGCGCGGGCGGUGCGACCUGGGACGAGCCGGCGCGGGGCGCGCACCGCAUCGCCGCCGUCGCGCGCUCGCUCUCGCUCGAGCUGGCGCGCCACAACCACCGCCUCGCCGCGCAGCUGUUGGAUACCGUGGCUCGGGUGCUUCUUGAUCGUCGUUGGACAGUAGGAGAGCUUGUGACUGCUACUCUUCGUCAUGCACAGGACACACUGCAGGCUACAGCUGCUGGUAGCACCCCACCUGGCUGUCUCUUUGAUGAAUUGCUGGGAAUGGAGAAACCUUCCGCAGCGCCCACUACCACCCUUUGAGGUACUAGGCUUAUCCAUUGGACUUUCAGAUGGAAAUUAUCCAAGGAACAAGAGUAACAUUUUAAAAACAUCUUGCCCUCAAUAAUCAAAAUGCCAAAUAUGAUAUGGAACGUUUCAGACUUGAAUGAUUUGACAUUUAAGUUAUAUGACUCACCAGUCAUAAAAGAUUCCAAUUUUCAUACUCUUAAAAAGUCACAUUUCAUGUGCUUCCAAGGCUUGACAAAACCUGUACAAGUUACUACUAUGCAAUACCACAAAGACUUACUGCCUUCAUCCAGUCUUCCAGUAAUGACAAUAGAGGCAAUGCUCCUCCAGCAGGGAGUCAGUGAGCAUUGUUAGAUUGGCAAAUAAAAGUAGACUGGGUCUUGGCUGUAGAGUGAAUUGUGAAUACUGUAGAUACCUAUUGUACAGUGUACUAUAUUCUGUAUUAAAAUGUCUAGCUCCCUGCUUUUCUAGAGUAUUUUACACAAAUAUUUGUAGUAAUAUUAUCUAAAGAAAUAUUUUUGAUUGAGUUGCAAGUUCUCCUCAGCAGGUUUAAAUUAUAAAAUAAGCCAUUUACGUACAAAAUAAUGGAUUUGAUAAUGUAUUUUUAUGCACAGGAAAUUAUAUUCCAUAAUGUAAAGGCUUAUAAGUAAUAAAGAUCCUGUGAACUAUAUUAUAACGGUUGGUGUUAGAAAGCAGUUCCCUUUCAUCUGAACUGGAUUCUUUAGUAGGGAGAAUAAAUGGAAAUUGUAACUUCCUACUUAGUACAGUCACAAGUGCAAGUACUAAUUUUUAAGUAUUCUGUUUUUGUGUUUGUGUACAAAUUUUUAUCAAUCACUUGAUGAAAAUCAAACAAUUAUUUUCUAGUCACUUCAAAUUUUGUGCAACAAUAGUUCUCAAUCUUUCAGUUUGUUAUAACAAAGAGAUAAGUACUGAAAGUUGAGGAAUACUGUUUUACAGAAUUGCUCAUAAAACGAGUUCCUUGUUGGAGUGUUUGGAACUUAUUUGUUAAAAAGUAACUUGUUUUCAAUGAUACAAAGACUGAAAUAAAGGACACCAUUGUUUUGUAAUUCUGUGUAUCAUUUCCAUCAGAUGUAUCAAGC